UUUGUCCACAAAUCGCAAUUCAUUUCACGCUUUCACUUCGCUUUGCUCGCCCUUGUUCCUUCCAGACUCAAGAGCAGCCGCUUGUGGUUGUAGUGACGUCGCGUGGCUUGGAUUGGGUUGAGAUGGAAGAUCUGUUGCGCUCACUGAGAGGCUUAGGUCUGCAGGCGCCGAAUUCAGAGCAGCUGCUUGAGCUUCUUGACCAGGAGCCAGAAUCUCAGCGGCGAUUAGCCCAGCUGCUGGCCCUCCAAUCCAAGGACGACAAUGACGACUCGCUCUUGACAAAGGAUAUCCUAGAUGCGGGGGUACAAGCUUUGUUUGAGAAUUUUGCAAGGGCUCUUCAAAAGGAAAAGGAAUUGUUCAAAUCUGAACUGAAUGCGCUAGCGGUGCCGAAACCGAUUAAGACAGUCCCUCGAAAAGCUCUGCUCGCCCGACAAGCGGCCGAGAUCAAGCGCAUGCAAGAAGCGUGGGCUGCUUCAGAAGGCUACCACCCGCGACUGAUUUUUGACGGCGGCGACACGUAUCACUCAACAACACCUCUAUCGCAACUGAAGGCGCUGAGCGUGCGGAACCUCAAAGCUCCUGCUCGUCAUGUGGGUUCUUUUUUGCUAUGUCGCGUCGUUUCAUGUCUCAACCUUUACGUCGGAUGCACCUUUAUCGUCGAAGACUCCGCGGGAGAUGCAGUACCAGUGUCUGUUUCGCAUUUCACCUCCAACUUGAAGCUUUCCAUUGCUGAGCUCAGCAGCCUCUUGCCCAUUGGAACAGCCUUGGCCAUACGUGAGCCGUACUUGUCGCUCAACCACGCCAGCCGCGCAGGGCCUGCAUCAUCAAAAAGCGUCAUUGGCAUCAGGGUAGACACGCCGACGGACAUCAAGGUGCUACACGAUGAUGACGCACUACUGUCCGAUGUCACUUGGAAAGAGAGUCUAACAUUACCAGCUGCUUCGCCUUCCUUGAAGCAUCUCAAGUGGUUGCAAAGGUUCUCCGGGAAAUCUUAUCAUUCGAGUGAUGCAGACAGUGCGGCUGCCAAAGACGCUGCACAUGUAUUCAGAGCUCAGGGAAGGACCGGGGCUGCCUACCGGGUCGUCUCGGCUCAACAGGCGGUCAAUUCCAGUGCAGAUGCGGAGCUUGAAGAGUUGCAGUGUCAGCUACUAUUCGAUGCAGGUGCCUACCCUGAGGCCUUUGAAGCGAUGUCUUCCACCACCUCGCCAAGCUCAGCGAUGGCCACUCUCAAGCACAAGUCCCAAGGACUUAUGACAGAAGCAGGUCAAGGGUGCAGCUCAGCGCGUGUUGCAUCUUUCUACUUUACAAGUCAGCUAAGCGACAAAGCGCGUCUGACGACCGCGGACUUUGUCGGUCCCGUCACAGUACGCGACAUCCCGGGAGCGGGGCGAGGUUUGGUGCUCACGCGUGAAGUCGAACCGGGCGAGUUGUUGCUCUGCUGCCGCGCUAUUGGCGGCUCCUUCGCCGCCGAUGAAGGGUGUAGCGGUAUACCGGUCAUUCGACUCAAUCUUGAAGAUGGGCUGAUUAGUACAACAACGCAAAUUCUUGCGGCGACCAACAUCAUCCAUUGCCUCAUCGAUCGACCGAACUUAGCACUUCCUUUCCUUGGGCUUACGGCUGGACCAAAGCUCCCGGUCUCAAAGUGGGCUAAACAGCCAUAUCCGCUAAGAUGGUCCAAUGUUCCGCCAUCUGCUCUGGAUGAGAAAGAUGAGCUCGACAUCGACGCUGCGUACGUCGAUGGUGUCCUUCGCUUCAAUGCAUUCGGACCGGGACAAAUCUCCAGGAAGUCAGACCCGAAGGCAAAAAUAAGUGGCGGCGCCAGCAGCAAUGCGGCCGCGUCGAUACCAGAAAUGACAGGCGAGCUCGGACGCGCAACAAUGCCUCACCCGCUCCCUGCGAUUCUGAACCACAGUUGCUUACCCAACGUGUCUUCGGUAUUCUUUGGUGACGUUGUGACCACGCGAGCACUACACAGGCUUCCAACGGGGACGGAGAUCAUGCAUCAAUACGUCAAAGGGGAGCAGCCAUACGCGGUCCGCUCAGCACAGCUGAGCAAGCACGAAUUCAAGUGUGGUUGCACGCUUUGCGUGCUUGAUCGGGGUGAUGGCGACGAAAACGUCAAAAAGCGGCAGGCGAUCAUGGGCGGCACGCUACCUGCCCUAUUGGAGCGUAGUCGGCUGGUGAUGAAAGGCCAAGGAGGACCCGAGAAGGAAGUGGAUGUGGAUGCUCUGCAUGAUGCGAUGCGGUCCUUGCAAGCACUUGUGCAAGACUUGCAGCACACUUAUUCCUCAACACGUGGGUACUUGCGACCUGAACUCAUGCAUGUGCAUGUUGAAAUCGCAAAAAUCUGCAAUUGCGCCGGCAGCUUGGAGCAAUCUAUUCAAGUGAGUGAAAGAAAUGCCAUGCUUGACGAGUUCUGCCCUGGUUUUGAGCUCGCCGAUAUCUUUUGGCAGUCCUACCUCGAUGCACUAGCAGUGGUUGGUGUGCAGCCGCGCCAAGGGCCCAGUGCGUCUUCCCAUACGUCAAGUCUGACAUGCGACAAAAUGCCCGACCUCCACUUUGACGAUGCUCUCGCAUGCAUGCUGAGCAUCGCAAAACUGUAUUUGCGAAUGGAGGACACAGAGUCGGCAGUAGCCUGGACUCGGACGGCUUUCUGGGCGCAUGAGUGCAUGAUCAAUGGUGGAGUGGAGGUGUUCAUGGAUCGUUGGGGUCAGGACGAAACUUAUGCAGAUGUGCUGCAUGUCUGGCAGACUGCAUGAUAUUUGAUGAUGCAGAAGUUCAAUCUUGGCAUAUGAAUGCAUCGCCUUCUGAAAUUCCACCUCUUCUUGCACGCUGGUUCGUCCAUCUG